CCUGUCCUAACCCUGUUGACUAACCCACUGCCUGGGCCUUGUUCUGUCUGUCUCACUGUGUCUCUGCAUGGCGUGUGGUGUGGGUGUGGCUCGCUGCAGGGGCCGUACCUGGUCCACGGAGAACAGAAGCGGGAAGGGCCUCUGUCGGAGUGCGGUGGCAGCGGCAGUCUCCAUGACUACCAGAGUGACCAGGGAGGGAAGCAGCAACAGCAGCAGCACCAACAGCAGCAGCAGCAGACCUACCUGCGCUCCUCACGGGGCCAGCUACGGGGAGGGGGUGGGAGGGGCCUGUCCCGGCAGGACACCUUCGACUCAGAGACGCAGGGCAGUCGGGACUCAGCCUACACUGAAGCAGGGGACUCUUGCAUGGACAUUGAGACCGACCCCUACGAGGAGUCUGAGAUGUACCGCGGGGUAGGUGGCGGGGGCAGCCGCCUCCACCUGGCCCAGCACCACGACCGCCAGGCCUCUUGGGAAGACGAGGGGGCUGAGCCGGACCAGGAGAACCUCAACCACCCUCCCAUGCCCUCCCACACCCAGCCUGGGCAACACGGCCGGGCCAAGCUAAGGGAGAGGUACUGCCAGGAACCUGGGGACACCGGCGCCAACAUGGGCCGCAACAAGAAUCAGGAGGACUGGGGGAGGGACGUCUACAUCCGCUAAACACACAUCACAUCACAACGCAUGGGCUAGGAGGCUGAUGGAGGACAGACUGUGGGAGGAAGGAA